UACGGGGUUCUUAUGAAAAUACAUUAAAUAAAGGGUAGGAAAGUAUAAUUAAGAGAAAUAAGAGUCCUUUCAAAAAGCUGACCGUUAAGAGAGCCGUCGCUAUUUAUGGCUAAACGAACGGAUCGCUUGAGAGAAAUAUCCGCUCCAAAAAUGGCGAUUUUGGUCAUGGGUUUCGUUGUUGAAAAUUUCCUGGAAAUUUCUGUAGAAUCGAACUUGGCAGAGAAUUCGAUUCACGCUUAUGAGCUUUUCCUCGCAAAUUCUUUGUUGAAACCGGUACUCUUGAAGGAUCGAUUGCUGGUUUGAGAUGGAUUCGUAGGAGAACAGCUUUGGUUGCUAAUGGAUUAUUGGAGAUGAUUCAUCUGAGAAUUAGUCGUCACAUGAUCAUCAUUGGCAAUUGAUGGAGAACACUAGGCUCGCCCACGUGAGGAGGAAGAGCUCGAUCUUAGAGAGUUCAGAAGCUCCCUUAUCUCCAGUGAUGUCUUCUCCUCUGACUAACCGCCAUGUACGGUCAGGAUCAGCUGCUGGGCCAGGAAUGAGCGUCAGGAAAGCACAGACGAAAGCAGCCGCUCAGAGGCUUGCUGCCGUAAUGGCGCACCAAACGGGCGAUGAGGACGACAGCGAGGAUGACCUUUCCUUUGAUUACAGUGGUGGCGGCACAGGCAGUGUAGGACUGACCGGCGUAAAGUUCGUUCCUUCUGGGGCUCCUGUGUUUCAGAAUAGACCAACUCAUCCGAAGCAUCCACACAUGAAAACUCCAUUACCAAUUGAUGAAGACAAUGAAGACAAUGAUCUUUCAGUUGAUUAUACAAGCGGCAGACAAAGUAUUGGGCUUGCUGGUGGAAGGGCAAUAAGACCUCAGUGUCCUGUAGUGACAAAAGCUGCUCCCCAGAGACAUCAGCAGAUGAAUUUUCAACAGACAUCCACUGAGGAAAAUAAGGAUGAUGAUGAUGAUGAUGAGUUUUCAGUCGAUUAUGCAAUUGGCAGACCAAGUAUUGGGCUUGGUGGUGGAAGAGCAACGCGACCACAAUCUUCUAUGAGCAAAAUUCAUCCUCAGGGGCGACUGCAAACAGUAGUUCAACAGCCAGGCGAUGAAGAAAAUGAAGAUGAUGACAUUCUUGACGAUUAUUCAAGUGGCAUUCCAGUUGUAGGACUUGCUGGUGGAAGGACAGCCCGGACGCGCUCUCCUGUGACCAAAAUCACUCCAAUGAGGAAUCGUCAAAUGAUAACUGAGCAACCGGCUGAUGAAGACAAUGACGAUGAUAAUUACAAGUCAUAUAACUAUACCAGUGGUCGGCCGAGUAUAGGACUUGCAGGUGGACGGUCAAUGAGAUCCCACACUCCUUUGUCAGUUCGUACCAAAGAAGAACCACCUCAGUCUGGACUUCCAACUUCAGUUAGCCUACCAUCGGUAUCUCAGGAAUACAUAGAACAACCGUCUUCAGCUCUUUCAAGUCCGGCACGCCAUGCUUCUCAAAUAACCAACCAAGCUGAGCAACCUCCAUCUGCUCGUUCUAUAGGUUCAAAAAGAUCAUCACAGUCCCUUGGUUCUAUGGAUCAGCUUACAUCAGCUCGUUCUCCAUUCAGUGGACGUCCAGUGAAAACUGUUCCUUUUAUGCCUUCUACUGUGCCUAUAUCGCUCAAGCCAGUAACUCCUGUACUUCAAACGGAGACGCCUACUAGUCUUCGUAAAGAUAAAAGAUUUUCCCUAGAUUUUGGAAGCUCAAGCAGCCUGAGAGAGGAGUUAGGGAAUCAACAAUCUGCUUCUGCUUUGCAAGAUGAGGUUGAUAUGCUACAGGAAGAAAACGAAAGUCUAUUGGAAAAGCUUCGACUUGCAGAAGAGAGGUUUGAAGAAGCCGAGGCAAGAGCUAAGCAACUGGAGAAACAGGUUGAAAUUCUUGGAGAAGGUGUUACGUUGGACGCUCGUCUUUUAAGCAGAAAGGAGGCUGCUCUUCAACAAAGAGAGGCUGCUUUGAAAGUCGCAGCACAAACUCAUGGAGGACAAAGUGGGAACAUUUCCGCUCUUCAGACAGACGCUGAGCUUGCUAGGGAUGAGGCAACAUCUGCUCUGGAGCAGCUUCAUGAAGUUGAAUCAGAACUAAAGUCUAUUAAGAUCAUGACAAAGAGACUGCUACUGACUCAGGAGGAGAUGGAAGAGGUCGUUCUGAAGAGAUGUUGGCUUUCAUGGUAUUGGAGCUUAUGUGUACGACAUGGUAUUCAACCAGAUAUCGCUGGAGCAAAACAUGAAUACUGGUCAUCUUUUGCACCUCUUCCUCUUGAGAUUGUUCUGUCUACAGGACAAAGGGCUCAGGAGGGGUUUUCUUCGAGAGGUAACACCGACGAUGAAAGAGAGAAAUCAUUGCAAAAUUUGCAUGAAAUUUCUGGAGAGGGAAACAUCGAAAGCAUGUUAUUGGUCGAGAAAGGGUUAAGGGAAAUGGCUUCACUGAAGGUCCAGGAUGCAGUGGCAUUUGCUAUGGCUCAACAACGACGACGAGCAUCACUUAAAAUUAGUAAUACAGAUGAUGUGAAACUUCCUGCGGAUGGACAGUGCGAAGCCUUUGGGUUAAGUGAGGAGGAAAUGGAAGAUGUUCGGUUUAAACAGGCAUGGCUUGCGUACUUCUGGAGAAGAGCGAAGAACCACGAGAUCGAACCUGACAUAGCAGACGAGCGUCUGCAGUAUUGGAUAUUCCACAGCUCUCGAUCUUCCUCAUCGCAAGAUGCAGUUGACGUUGAAAGAGGGCUGGUGGAGCUGAGGAAGCUGAACAUAGAGUCACAGCUAUGGCAGAAAUCAAGAAAAGGCCUCGACCACGAAUCCAACCCUUCCUCUCAUCUCGAACAUUCCUUCUAACCCAAACAAACAAACAAAGAAAACUCGAAACUUCCCCCAGUCAGAGACUUAUCACAAUCUCUCUCCCUCUCUCUCCCAUCAAAAUGGUGAACUCUCUCGUAUUAUCCAUCGAUCUCGUGUUUGUUUCUGCUAAAAAAAGUUUUUAUCUUGGACUUGUGUAUUAAAUUUGAUGAUGUUACUUUACUAUGUUCAUGUC